GAAGCGGCUCCCACGCCGUGCGCCGCCAUGCCGGGGGACCACCGCCGCAUCCGCGGGCCGGAGGAGUCCCAGCCUCCGCAACUGUACGCGGCCGACGAGGACGAGGCGCCCGCCGCCCGCGACCCGACGCGGCUGCGGCCGGUGUACGCGCGCGCCGGGCUGCUGAGCCAGGCCAAAGGCUCGGCCUGCCUGGGCGGCGGCACCAAGGUGCUAUGCGCCGUGUCGGGCCCGCGCCAGGCCGAGGGCGGCCAGCGCAGCGGCGGUCCGGCCGGGACUGGAGGCGAAGCCCCGGCCGCGCUGCGCGGCCCCCUGAUCUGCGACUUCCGGCGCGCGCCCUUCUCGGGCCGCCGGCGCCGCGCGCCCCCGGGCGGCGGCGAGGAGCUCGAGCUGGCGCUGGCGCUGCUGCAGGCGCUGGAGCCCAUGGUGCGCCUGGGCCGAUACCCGCGUGCGCAGCUCGAGGUGUCCGCGCUGCUGCUCGCGCUCACGGCCGCCGCGCUCGCCCUGGCCGACGCGGGAGUGGAGAUGUACGACCUGGUCGUGGGCUGCGGCCUGAGCCUCGCUCCGGGACCCGCGCCCACCUGGCUGCUGGACCCCACGCGGCUCGAGGAGGAGCACGCCGCCGCUGGCCUCACCGUGGCGCUCAUGCCGGUGCUCAACCAGGUGGCCGGGGUGCUAGGCAGCGGGGAGGGCGGCCAGACUGAGAGCUGGGCCGAGGCCGUACGCCUGGGCCUCGAGGGCUGCCAACGUCUCUACCAGGUGCUGCAGCAGUGUCCGGUGCGGGCUGCCCGUCGGAGGGGCGCCGCCGCCCCUUCGUGAAUCAGAAGCCUGAGCUAUGGGACGCUGCCAUCGUUACCCUGGAUGAACUGACCGCAGGAGCCAAGAAGCUGAAGCACCUGGAGAGGAUAGAUGUGGGGAGCUGGCGGCACCACAUAUGAUGCAUGGGACAGCCUUUUGGGGGGAAGGGGUGGGCCACAACCCGGAGUGCUGUCCCAGAGCAUUUUUUGCUCA